CUUCCGGGCCGCGGAUUGGCUUGAGACGGGUCGCGUCGGUCGCGCUGGUAUCUGGGAAGGAGAGAAAAUGGCGUCUGAGCCGAGCAAGACGGAAAUCCAGACCUGUUUCAAGAGGCUUCGCGCUAUUCCGACCAAUAAGGCCUGUUUCGACUGUGGCGCUAAGAAUCCGAGCUGGGCAAGCAUCACGUAUGGUGUUUUCUUGUGCAUAGACUGUUCUGGGGUGCACCGCUCCCUGGGUGUUCAUCUCAGCUUUAUCAGGUCCACAGAGUUGGAUUCCAACUGGAGCUGGUUCCAGCUGAGGUGUAUGCAGGUCGGCGGGAAUGCCAAUGCGACAGCUUUCUUCCGUCAACAUGGAUGCACAGCCAGUGAUGCCAACACCAAGUAUAAUAGCCGAGCCGCCCAGAUGUACCGGGAAAAGAUCCGGCAGCUGGGAAGUGCAGCCCUGGCUCGGCAUGGCACUGAUCUUUGGAUAGACAAUACGAGUAGCACGUCCAGUCACUCCCCGGAGAAGGACUCUGAUUUCUUCACAGAACACACUCAGCCCCCUGCCUGGAAUGCACCAGCCACCGACCUGGCAGAGACCCAGCAGCCAGCCCUGUCUGUGGAGAGCAGUGGAUUGGCACAGACGGAGCUUGGCCCCAACACAGACCUACUUAGUACCUCACCGAAAGCUUCACUGGAAAUGAAAACCUCCCUCAUUGGCAAGAAGAAGCCAGCAGCAGCCAAGAAAGGGCUGGGUGCCAAGAAAGGUCUCGGGGCCCAGAAGGUGAGCAGCCAGAGUUUCAGCGAGAUUGAGCGGCAGGCCCAGGUGGCGGAGAAGCUCCGUGAGCAGCAGGCAGCUGAUGCCAAGAAGCAGGCAGAAGAGUCUGUGGUUGCCUCCAUGCGUCUGGCUUACCAGGAGCUCCAGAUUGAUCGUAAAAAGGAGGAGAAGAAGCUACAGAACCUGGAAGGGAAGAAGCGAGAGCAGGCAGAGAGGUUGGGCAUGGGCUUGGUGUCCCGAAGCUCCAUCUCCCACUCGGUGCUGUCUGAGAUGCAGGUGAUCGAGCAGGAAGCCCCAGCAAGUGCAAAACCUUCCCGCUCACAGCUGGACUUGUUUGACGAUGUUGGUACUUUCGCCUCUGGACCCCCAAAGUACAAGGACAACCCCUUCUCCUUGGGGGAGAGUUUUGGUUCCCGAUGGGACACAGAUGCCACCUGGGGUGUGGACAGGAUGGAGGAGAAGGAGCCAGAAGUGACCAUCUCGAGCAUCCGGCCUGUUUCGGAAAGAGUCACAAACCGGAGGGAGGUGGAGAGCCGGAGCUCGGGCCUCGAGUCCAGUGAAGCACGUCAGAAAUUUGCAGGAGCUAAAGCCAUCUCAUCUGACAUGUUCUUUGGGCGGGAGGUAGAUACCGAGUAUGAAGCCAGGUCUCGGCUACAGCAGCUCUCAGGCAGCAGUGCCAUCAGCUCUUCAGACCUCUUUGGGGACACGGAUGGAGCUCAUGGAGCAGGUAGUGUUUCUCUGGGGAAUGUGCUCCCCACGGCUGACAUUGCCCAGUUUAAGCAGGGCGUCAAGUCCGUGGCCGGAAAGAUGGCUGUGCUGGCCAAUGGCGUGAUGAAUUCUUUGCAGGAUCGUUAUGGUUCCUACUGAUCCAUGCUUCACGGCUCAGGCAUGUGGUGGUGACAGCAGCAAAACCCCUGUGGUCACCAGGCCAGGGCUGCUUGCCUUGUGGAAGCUGGGGAGGAAUUGUUACACGUGUGGUGUGUGACUGGGUGGCCUUUGAGGAUCUCUGGUGAGGGGUGGGCAGCACCAGCCCUUCACCUCUGCCUGUAGAUCAAGCCCUUUGUUCUCCUCCCUCACACCCUCCCCCCCGCCCCGUGUGCCAGAUUAUUGUCCUUCCACCCCUGCUCCCAGCGCUGCUCCUCGCUUGCCCUGCCACACUGGGAGUGAGGGGAGGGCACCUCCUCAGGAUGGCGCAGUCUGGGUCCAGCCUUCCCCGAGCAGGGAAAGUGGAAAGUGUAAGGCUUUUUUGCCAGCUCUAGGAUCCUUCCAGGUCGUUUGGAGGCUUGGCCCCCACCCUCUGGAACCAGCGGGGAGGUCUAGGAAGAGUUCUGUAGAUCAGCCCCUAGAGGAGGGAGCUCUGGACUUGCUGCUGCUGUUGCUGCUCCAGUGGCCUCUUCUGGGCCCCAAGAGAGGGCAGGGGAGGGGAAGGACCUUCGUUUGGGCCUUACUAAGGGCUAGAAACUACCUGGUACCUGAAGGUUUCAUUUGGGAUCAGACUGGAGGCCCAAGUGAUGAUCUGCCCCCACCCCCCUUUUUCCAGUGGUCACCUGGAGGACUUUGUUUCCUCCUGGGUGUCUCGGAGUCCUUCCUCACCAUCCAUGUGGACCCUAGGACCCUCUCCCCCCUCCUGGGACCGCCCUUUCCCCCCGUUUGGUGGCCGUGGUGUCUCUGCCCUGUGGUGUCCUGCUGUGGAUGCUGUGAACGUAAUGCUGGCCAAGGAAGCAGAGGACACGAGGGACAGAAGCAGGCUUCCUGGCUUAGGGGGCCUGGCAGCACCCCACCAGUGAGCUUGAUGUGCCUACGGAACUGGAGCUGCAAGCCUUGCCUCGGCCACUGGGCCGCGCACUGUGUCGUCCUUGGUGCCACCUUCCCCUGCCACCUGGCAGUCUGGGCCUGCCCCAGCCCCUGUGGGUGAGAGUUGGCCUCCCGAGCAACACAGACCACUAUUCCCACCACUCCCUCCCCCCAGAGGGACUUGACUUUUCUUUCUGGACUGUUUGUAUUGAAACACAAUGGUGUCAAAUAAAGCCCUGACAGGGCCCUAGGUCCCUGUUGGUCUGAAUGAA